AUAAACCCGACACAUACCACAGAGUAAAAAUACACCAGGGAUCGAAACCACGAUCCGAAGCCAGGGGUGACCGGCCAGCGCGAGCUCGAAGCAUGACACUCUAGACCACUAGGCCAUCCCGCCCCUAAGAUGGCGGUUAACACACCCGGAGAAUUUACAGUGCAGCUACCAAUGCGUGUAGUCUCGGUUGUCUUGAUUGGGUUCAUUUCGAGGCUGGAUACAUCUGUCUAUGAGGGACCCGCUUUAUGAAGAUUUUCAACGUAAAGAUUGUGAAACAUUUUAUAGUUACUUAUGUUUUUUUACCGUUAUUAUGUAAAGUGAUUAUGGAUAUGAAGUAAAGCUCAAGGACCCAAAGGAUAGAUUUAUUAUAACCAAGUUAAAACAUAUGGGAUAGAUCUCGAACGAUAAAAUAAUAUUUAAUUCCACGUUGCUCUGCAGUCUGGUCGAAUGAUAUUGAUAAACAAACUGAAAGUAGAACAUUUUGAUUUAGAUAUUUAGUGAGAAGACAAAUUCUGUAGAAAGAUGAUGUGAAUAGCUUGUGCCUGCUAAUGACUAUUAAAUAUGGAGAAAUUGAAAUCUGUACAACAAAAAAUUCCUUGUAUUUUUGAAAUCUCUGUGAUAAAUGAACCUUCUGAUAAAAGGUCGAAUCAGCCAUAUAAGGUGGUGGCUGGGGAAAAACUCAAUCCUAAAAUCAAAGAUUUAACAGAACUGAAUGAUGUACUUGCUACAGAAAAACUAGAUGGAACUUGUGUCCUUAUUGAUGAGUUUAAUGGUAAGCCAUGGUUGUGGGCAAGAUAUGACAGGAAACCAACUAAGGGUGCCGAGAAAAGAUUCAGAAAAUUCCAAAAUCAGCAACAGUCUUGUGAGAACAGAUCUGAAAUCAUGGAACGUAAAUUUGAAUGGGAUUUUUCAAAAGACUUUAAGGAUAUACCAGAUCAUUGGAAACCUGCAUCUGGAGUUGAUGUACAGGAUGGCCAUGUUUUACCGGAUUCUAUUGGACAUACUCCAGGAUGGGUGCCAGUCGAUGUUAAAUCUAGACAACAUUGUUGGCAUCUGACUUCAGUUGAUUUACAACAAGGCUUAGCUGUUGUAUUAAGGGAGACGGAUGAUAACAAGGAGCUGGUUAUAGACUGUGUAUUAUUAGAAACAUUGUUAGGACAUACAGCAGAAUUAAUUGGCACCAUGGUUAAUGGCAAUCCAUAUGGUAUAGGAAGUAAACAAUGUCCUGUACAUAUAUUAGUUAUACAUGGAUCUAUACCUAUAUAUAAUCUACCUAGUAUAACUAGAUCUAAUAUACAAGAAUGGUUCCUGAAUAAUGACAAUAGUAAACUAGAAGGUAUUGUCUGGCAUUUUCCUACAGGACAAUUAUAUAAGUUACAUCGUAAUCAUCUUGGUUUAGAAUGGCCGAUUGGUGAUUUGGUUUUAUCAAAACGACCCGUAUCUGUGAGCCACAAUUUCUCCAAAUACGAAUUCACUGAUGAUAAAAAGACACAAUUUUAUUUCUUCUCGAAUAUUGUAGGACAUCGAUGUGAAAUGUUAAAAGAAAUACAUGAUGAGAUUAUCCAGAAAACAUAAUUUGAUUUUCAGCAAUAACAUUACUGACAUUUCAUCAAAUGGUUAUGAAUUACUGUUCUGUUGUUUCUAGUUGUAAUAUUUAAAGGUGAUGUUCUAUAUACUGACAAAAGACAGAAAAUGAUGUCAACUACUUGGAUCAGCAGCUGCC